GCCGUCUGCCGAGUAGGUAGUGUGCUUGUCGAGACAGUACGUCGAGGCAACCGGGACAGUAAGUCAACAAAGGAAAUGCCGCGCAUGUUUCUUUUCGUAUCGUCAUUUCUAACAGCGUCCACUGGAGCCGUGAAAUAUUCAUACAGCAGUUUGCAUGGCAUUAACGUCACCGUGCACUGUAUAAAUGGAUACUGUACAAAUACCAGUAAUAUCCACGAGGUCAUAUGUUGUCCAGAACUACCACUGAACCUGCACAUUACUACGUUUGAGAUUUUCGGCGUGUUCCUGGCCGUGGUGGUGUGUGUUGUGUUUGGUAUCUGCGCCUACAGAUGUUACAGAAAACGAGUCAAGGAUCGUCGCAACGGAACCACUGACAGCAGUCCCAACCAGCAAGUCACUGUCGUCAUGACAACGUCAGCUACGUCGCCACAACCAGUCGUGACUAUCCACCCGUAUUCCUCCCCACCUCCACCAUACCAGCAGGUCGUCUCUGGCUGUCCAGGAACGACAACUCCAUCUGUGGACUCUGGCGAUGACAAGUCCAACCAAGACGCCCAUACAAACAUUUAUGUCAUCCCACCGCCAUCAUACGAAGAAGUUGUGUCGGGUACGUUGCCUGGGUUGCUUGUUCUCAACAGAGGUUAACGAAAUACACGUGCCGAGGAUUAACGUGGACUUUCCAGCAGGAUAGCACGUUCCUUUAUCACUUGUUUUGCCAGCGGUGGAGUACUGCUAUUGCUCAUAAUACUCGGAAUUUCUGCUGUGUAUCUACUAGCAAAACUGCCUUCAUUACCAAGGAAAUAAUAUUUAGGUUAGAUAGCUAAUGUCAUUGUUGUGCAUGUGCGUGCUCAUACUCCGUUAUGUAGUCUUGGUCAACCGAAACAAGAAGAAGACAUUUUAUCACAUUUCAAAUUAGAGUUAUUUGGUGUCUGGCACGGUUAUUUCAACAUCGAUUGAUAAACACAUGGAGAUAUGUAUAGAUAAGAGAGAGAGAGAGAGAGAGAGAGAGAGAGAGAGAGAGAGAGAGAGAGAGAGAGAGAGAGAGAGAGAGAGAGAGAGAGAGAGAGAGAGAGAGAGAGAGAGAGAGAGAUGGAUUAAACUGUUGGCUGGUACAAUGUCCGAUAGACUAGGACUAUAAAUGGUACAUUGUCUUUCUUUCUUUCUUUUUUUCUUUUUUUUUUAAAGCAAUUUCUGAACUUCUAGUCGAAACGUAGUUUUCUGUCACUGUACGUCCGGUGUGUUCGUCUAUACCACUAGAACACAUUUAUUUAUUAAUCGUCGACUAUUGGAUGUCAAACAUUUGGUAAUUCGGACAUGUAUACCGUCUUAGAGAGGGAACCCGCUACAGUUUUUCCAUUAGUAGCAAGGGAUCUUUCAUACGCACUAUCCCGCAGACAGGAUAGCACUAUCCCGCAGACAGGAUAGCACAUACCAUGACCUUUGAUAUACCAGUCGUGGUGAACUGGCUGGAACGACAAAUAGCGAAAUUGGCCCAACGACCAGGAUCUUUCCUCGACCGUCCGCGCCUCGGGCGAGCGCUUUACCACUGGGCGCCCUCGUCUUUGGUUUUACAAACCUCUCAGAGCUUGCGUGAAUCGCUGGUCAAUAUAUACUUGAACAAUGUUUAGAAAUCAUAUCUGAUCAAAACUGACUCAGAUUUAUGUAACACUAACAAAACUGUCGAAAACGCCAAACUUGCCUUUAUUUCAUUUUGUUGAGUAUAUAUAACACCUGUGAUUAGAUUAGAUGUCUGACGACACCCCAGCACGAAAAAUACAUCGGCUAUUGGGUUUCAAACUAUGGUAUAAUAACACCUGUGAAAAAUACGCCAAUUUUUAUGUGUCUAACAACGUAUUAAAUAUUAUUAUAUUGUACAUAUGUGUAUUUAUUAAUAACAAGAAAUAAUAUAAAGAGGAGUGAAUCUAUAUUAAAAUAAUCCAAGCCAG